AGGAGCAGAUGUACCGGGGAGAGGAGCGGCUUGUACCGGGGGAAGGCGGCUUGUACCGGGGGAGAGCAGCGGCUUGUCCCGGGAGUGAGGAGCAGUUUGUCCCGGGAGUGAGGAGCAGUUUGUUCCGGGGUUGAGGAGCAGUUUGUACCGGGGAGAGGAGCAGAUGUACCGGGGGCGGGCAGCUUGUACCGGGGAGAGGAGCAGUUUGUACCAGGGGAGAGGAGCAGAUGUACCGGGGGGAGGAGCAGUUUGUCCGGUUGAGGAGCAGUUUGUUCCGGGCUGAUCGACUCUGUUGUCGGGCGUUAGCAGCUAGCUCAGUGUAGCUCACAUGCUAACACCGGCCGGUGGCUGCUAACAUCCCCGCUCCUCCGUCCUCUCUCUGCCCGCCGUGUAGUGAACCACAGCCCGGCUCCUGACCUCAUGGAUCCCGGGGACCUGGACUCCAGCCUCCCGCAGCCCGACAACCCGUGUCUGAUCGUGGAGGACUCUCAGCCGGACAGCGUCGCCCUGGAGGACGAUCCUGAGAGCAGCUACCGAGCUCUGCUGGCCCGGCGCCUGUCCACCCUGCAGCCCAGCUCCCGGAGCCCGGUGCUGGAACUGAUCUCCUCACCUCUGGGAAGCAGAAGCUCUCAGACGGACUCCGAGAGCUCCCAGAGUAACAACCAGGCUGAACCUGGUAUUCUCACAACAGUCAACCCGAGCUCAGCGCUCCAGGAGGAGAGUCAAGUUCUCCACACCUGCCCUCCUCCAAACAAGAAGAGUUCACCAGAGGAAACAGAAAUGGAUUCUGGGGCUGAUUCUACCACACACUGUCAAUCUGAGGAGGGAACCUCUCAGAUUGGUUUUCUUGAGCUUUCUCAGACUCAAGAUCUGUGCAGUGAAGCAGUGAACAGUCGGGGGGGAGACUGUGAGAGACCCAACAAAUUAGAGCAGAGCUCCAAGACCUCAGCGACUCGGGACAACAAAUCUGUGAGAUCUGAGGUGAGCUCCAGCAGCUCGUCAGACUCUGCAGCUCCUUCGGGCCGACAGCUCAGUGUCCAGGCUCUGCUGCACUCUGAGAGUCCCCAGGCCUCAGGUGAACAGAGGCAGCUGGACUGUGAGGUCCCGUCCUCGCAGGAAGACAUGUUCGAUGCUGACAAGACGGGUGCCGCAGUGGACAGCACAGUAUCUGAGCAGGAGCAGCAGGGUCACCCGACCCCGACCCCGUCCCACACCCUGCGACUGCUGCAUCUGUCUGGACAGGGAACACUGGUGCAGGAGAGUCUGUCCCAGAGCUCUGCUGAUUACGUUGCUCCGACUCCAGACAACUUCAGCCACACUCCUAUAAUGGUUCCCAGCUCCCCGACCGGACCAGAGCAUGGACACGGUGCUGAUGAACCAAUGGAUACUUCGUUGCCCCCAGAAGAUCGAGCAGGGGAGAGGGAAGAACAGCCAAUGGAAACGGAGGCCGCCUCUAAGCUCCACCCAUCCUCCUCCACGCCGGUAUCCCAGAAUGCCCCUGGUUUUGCAUUGGAUCGUACUCUCUCUUUACCCUCCCAACCACAGUUCUCUCAUGACGUGUUUGUUGCGACACAGAGUCUGGAGCCUCCUCGACCGUCUGAUAAGAAGUCGACGCCUCAUGAGACGGAGUCUCAACAUCUGGAGUCGGCACCGUUCACUUCGCCUCUGCAGCUGUGUGUGAACACUCAGAGCAGCGGUCCUGCUCAGCAGACCUCAGCGCAGAUCGAAGACGACAGUCAGGCCACACAGAUUGAGGAAUUUGAAGUGCCGCCCGCUGUCGACACCAGUGACUCUGUGACUUUGUGCCGUGACCAGAGGAGCGAUAGCAACAGCGUCCCCCCAGUAUCACAAACUAGUUCAAAAGCUUCCACCUCUGCCGAAUCACCAAAGUGUUUCAACGAAUGUGCCAAGACUGAGCCGUCCAAUCAGUCGCAAGGUUCUGAUGUGCACAACCAGACCGCUUCUUUGAAUGUACAAAAUGUGAACGUAAAAGACGGCAAAGGGACGACCUCUGCAGACAUGGCGUCCUGCUCUCAACCAAAGCUUGACUCCUCGGAUGUGUCUGUUAGCAUCUGUGUGCAGGAGACUCCGUCAGAUACGCCGCCGCCCUGUAGUUUGCAGUCCGUCUUCUCUCAGACGUCUGCUGUGGAUGUAAGAGGAGGAACGACAAAGAGUCGCUCUGUAGAAUCAGUGUCCCAGACUAACAGCGACACGAUGGAUCAGGUGGAGGAGGUGGUGAUGGAGGAGGAGGAGAGUGCAACGGGAGGCGGGGCUUCAGGAAUGGCUCUUGCUCUCUCUCAGAGUCAACUGAUGACUCCUGAGCCGAUGGAGGACGAGAGUGAAGAGCAGGGAGGUGACAGCGUCAUCGUGGUUACAGACAGCGAGAGACACUCCCAGAUUCUGAAGAACGAUGCCACCAACAGCUCUCAGCCAAUCAGAGUCAAUGUGUCCGCCUCCACCAACGGCCAUGAGUCCCAGUCUGAGAUGAAGAAGGUGAACGCGGCACUCGAUAGGUUGCCUCAGACGAAGAGGGCGGGGCCUCAACCAGAGGUGCUCAAAGACAAGAGCCUCAGUGACAGUUCGGGAGAGAUUUCCUUCCACUUCACACUUCCUAAAGAAGGGGAGCUGAUUGGUCCUGCAGCUGGAGCCACGCCUCCUCUAAUCAAUCAGCUGAAGCAGUCGCUGAGACACAGCACUCCCAUUGAGAUCUUUUCUGAGAAGUCGGACAAUGUGGGCGAUGUCUCUGCAGACGUGGCGAUGGCUGCCAGCGACAUUGUGUCUGGGGAAGGUGGCGAGGACAGGACGGACCCUGGAGACAGGAAGCUGAGUUUGAGGAUGAAGCUGGUGACCCCAGUUGAAGAAGGCAGCUCUGAGUCCUUCAGUCUGCAGAAGCCAGCGCUGUCAGACGAGGACGCAUCUGUCGUCAAGGCCGCCACCGUUUCCAAGGCUGUAACCAGCAGCUCGUCAGUGUUCAGUCGAGUCCGGCAGGUUCACAGACAGCAGGAGGACAACUCACCUGUCAGGGCGGAGCUGUUCGCCUCGCCACAGAGAAGCUCCCAGGCUUCCUCGCUGGGAUGCAACAGCCUGCCCAACAGCCAAUCACAAGCUCCACAACAGGAAACGGCACCGCAGCGGAACCCUGUAAAUACCCCCACCCCUGCCGACCAAUCAGAGGAGAGGAGAGGACCACCCGACUCUUCAGACCCCCCCACCCCAAACAGUCGAGAUGCCAGACUGAAGGCGAGUUCCCAGAAGACCUUUGACCACACCGUCAGCUCCAGUCCAUUCAACAAGCGGACGCUCUCCCAGCAGACCAGCUUCCAGGCAGAGGGGCUGCGCUCGCCAGCCGGCAGGGGGGAACCAGAGUUUCCGUCCUUUAGAAGAACCACAGGCCCCGCCCACUGCAGACACGUCCGCACCACCCAGGAAGUGCGAACCACCGUCACUCGGGUCAUUACAGAUGUUUAUUAUGAGGACGGCAAAGAGGUGGAUCGCAAAGUCACUGAGGAGAGCGAGGAGCCGGUGGUCGACUGCCACGUGUUGGACAGCGACAUCUCUCCGUGCCGCACAGGAAGCAGCUCCUUGACCUCCGGUGACCUGGGGGACAUCAGCUCGCUGUCGUCCAAGGCCUCCAGCCUGCAGCACAGCUCAGGAGGAACCAGUAGCAGCACCGGCUUCGCCAGGCCGGACUUCAUCAUGCCGUCCAGCCGAGGGGGCAGAUCCUUCAGUCCCAGGAGGGGAGGUGGGUAUCAACAGAGGGGUCACAGGGGUCAAAGGGCAGGGUCGGUGGUCACGAAGGACAGAGGCUACGGCACCCUGGGGUCCCGGGCCUUCGUCCCACUGGCUCCCAGAGGAAGAGCUAGAAGGGGCCGGCCCCCGUCCCGCUCCUCGCUGUCCAGGGGAGGAGGUGUCGGCUCCCUGCAGAGACUCGGCGCUCAUGGCCGCCCACCGUCCUCCUCAGAGGACGAGCCCUUCACCCGCAUGCUCCCCCCACGUCUCCCCGUCAGCCCCACGGACACCGAGCUCCCCAGCCACUCCGACUCCCUCAGGUCGUCUCCAGAGGAGGCGAGCUCGGCCAGCAGCAGCUUCGUCGGCCUGAGGGUGGUGGCAAAGUGGUCGUCCAACGGCUACUUCUACUCAGGCCGCAUCAUCAGAGACGCCGGGGAGGGGAGUUUCCGCCUGCGAUUUGACGACGGCUACGAGUGCGAGGUGGUGGGGAAGGAUAUCCUGCUGUGUGAUCCCAUCCCCCUGGAGACAGAGGUCACCGCUCUGCUCGAGGACGAGUACUUCAGCAUAGGUGUUGUUCGGGGCCAUAAGUCCGAGGGCCAGGAGCUGUUGUACAGUGUGGAGCGGGACGGACAGAGGCAGUGGUACAACAGGACGUCGGUCAUCCUGUCGCUGGAGCAGGGAAACAGGCUGAGGGAGCAGCACAGCCUCGGACCCUACGAGCCGUCCGCUCCUGUGGCCAAGGCCUCGGACAUCAGCCUGGAUAACCUAGUGGAGGGGAAGAGGAGGCGCAGAGUGACCCCUGGAGGUCAGGACACUCCCAACCGCAGCUCCUCCAGCAGCCCCCGCACCCCCGGCCCCUCCGGCAAGAGGAAGCUGAGGACGACCUCUGAGGACGACAGGUCGCCGGCCAAGAGAGGCCGCAGGGGUCCGGGCAUCAGAGCCGCUCAGCGGGUCGGAGUGUGUAACACCUCGGGCAGCGGCACAGACCUCCCCGGUCAGUCGGGCGACGUGUCGGAGACCCAGGGGCCGCUGCCUCAGAACACGUCUCUCUUCAUGGGCUUCGCCUUCAUGCUGACGGCGUCGUCAGAGAGCGACCGGCUGACCAACAAGCUCACGGAGGAGGAGGAGGAGGAGGAAGAUCCCAUUGAGACCAGUCCGUUCAACAAAGCGUACACCGAGUCCCAGCUGCAGGCGGGCGGAGGCUUCAUCCUGCCCGACUUCAACGAGGAGCAGUGUAAGGCAGCCUAUCAGAGCCUGCUCAUCGCCGACCAGCACUGCCGCACCAGGAAGUACCUGCUGUGUUUGGCGAGCGGCGUGCCGUGCGUGUCACACGUGUGGGUUCGAGACUGCUGCAAAGAGAACAAGCUGCUGAACUACAGGAACUACCUGCUGCCGGCCGGGGUGGGGCCGGACAACGCCGUGGUAGAAUGGCAUCCUCGCUGCAGCCCCUUCAAGUCCCUGCGGGUCCUUCUGGUGUUUGAGCAGCCGGCGGAGCUCUGGGCUCAGCUGGUCACAAUGGGCGGGGCCUCGUCAGUCCGACAGCUCCAGGCGGACAAAGACUGUUCAGACGUUCCUGCUGGAAAGUACGACGCUGUGGUGACAGAUCACGCCUGUCCACCAUUGGUGGAGAAAAGUGUGACCUCACAGGAAGUCCCGCUGGUGUCCCCUGAAUGGCUCAUUCAGAGUCUGAUCUGCGGCGAGCGCCUGGGUUUCCGCAGCAAGCCUCAGUAUCGCCACGACUACUCGUCAUAAUCAACACCAUGUUCAGUGUCUUCAGUUCUGUCGCAUGCUCUGCUGUAUAUACCCUGUCUGUUUUUAUGGGAUAAUAAUAAACUGUGACUCUGGUUCCAUUUUA